AAAAGCUUGAUGAUGGAUCUGGGAACGUUUUUGCAAGUGGCUGGUGCCCACGUGGACAUUAAGGAGAAUGCCACUGACUCUGAUAUGAAAAGCACAGCGUGUACUGUUGAAUCUUUUGUUGCUGGUGCGUCAUWCUCUGACARCACUAUAGAGGAUUCAGRAUCGCACGGGGACAACAAUACUGGCUUCGGGACCAYUGCCAAUACAGGGAACGAACAGAAGAUGAUGUCCGGAUAUGAACUCAGAAAACUCCAGCAGGAGGAACGUAAACAACAACGUGAAAUGCGAAAAGAUCGUCUCAAAGAAUAUAGAAGCUUUCGYAAGGACGAUAUUGUCAGCAAAGCAAAGCUCUUGCGGACGACCGCCCGCAAAAAAGGUAGGAUCCAAGAAAUGGAAAUACUCCUCAAGGAAGCCCUGGCUUGCGGAGAAUUUUCCAAGCUGAUGGAAAUCCCCGAUGAGCAGAGCCCAAGAACAAACAUUGACAAGAAUGCGUUACACAUCUGCGCCUGGAGGGGGGACUACGAGACCGUGGUGCGGUUGGUGGAAAUCUCCCGCGAACACUGCCCAGAAUUGGACGUCGUCAACCUGAUCUCCAAAGGACYAGGCAACUACGGCAAGACACCCAUCUUCUAYGCGCUGACGCAAUGCCGCGAGGACGUGGUUCGCUACCUUGUAUUGGAAGCCGGCGCAGAUUUGUUGAUUGUCAACAAUAAGGGUCAAACCCCUUGCAGCAUUGCGAGAAGCCAUAUGACCGAGGAAACCUGCCAACUUUUGUAUAAAACUGAAGCAGAGCAACUUGCGGCCCGGAGCCUUUCUGUAGGUGGCAAUGGCACUGAGUUGUUUGCAAACUACCGAGCUAGUAUCCACUCUGAUGGUAAGCUGUACGGAGAUCUCGAUCCACGAUUUCCCAUUGACGACGACAAUCGAUAUWAUCAAAAGAAGGGGUCCGUSGAGGACGCUGUGGUUGAUAAUGAUAAUAKUGACAAUGGAAGRUGGGCAAGUAAAAAUGGCUUYGGUCAAAAAGUKACUGAGGACUAUAUGGAUAGAAACGACGAUCUYACGGACCAAAUCAAGGAGUAYGAAGAAUCAGUGCGGUUGGCUCCARAAGAAAGUAUAGUUCAGGGAAUCCCGACAGUGUUUUCACCCCGWAGCUUGCGUGCGACGGUUCGGUGGUGGAAUCGAGACGAUAAGUCGCUGGCAGCGGCAAACGACAACAAUUAUGAUUCUGGCGGUCAAAUCACUUUUACUCAAUCUCGCCCCMAGGRAUCGAGAAAACCGGUUGAAUGUAGGGACAUGGAUGAAAAGAAAAAGAGAAAGGGCAAAUCCACAAAAGAUGACAACAAUGUGUCAAGAUUUMGCGAAAUUGAUAUAGACUCCCUAGARCUUGUUUCGAUCAGCGACUGUAUCAACUCGGGUAUACCAUCGGGUGACGKUGGGUCUGAUCUYGACUCGACUAAAAUCCUUGUGGAUGAUGUUGAGUCGUUAUCUCGGUUUGAGGCGGAGGUCGACAAUUGUCUUUCGGAGCUGAACCACGAUCUUGAGAGCAGAAAAUUAGCCGMAGAAGAAGGGAGCCUUUUUGGUCACGACGAAGAGAUUAUCUUGAAGUAUGCAUGGGGGCUUGAUUGUGAAUGGAAACCGGGUCCUGAAUGYGGUCUAGACUCGCCUGUUUCAACGCUACAACUUGGGACGAGAAGAAAUGUGUUCUUGAUUGAUAUGCAAACCAUCUGUCGCAAACAAGAGAGUCUCGAUGAAGACAGCUCAAUGGAGAGAAGUCUUGAUAGCAUUCUUUUGAAAAUAUUUCGCAACCCCAAUCUUCCAUUAGUAGGAUUUGGUGUUGUACAAGAUUUGGGAAAAUUAGCUGCAUCAUUUUCUCAUUUGAAAUGUUCUUCUGAGUUCUCCGCAGUYAUGGAUCUGCAGUCAAUAUCGUCAGUGAUCUACAAAAACAAACGUGAUCGGCGUAUGAUGUCUAGUCUCCAAAAAAUGACAGCAGUUCUAUUGAACAAACGAUUGGACAAGGCUCAACAGGUCUCCGACUGGUCCAAUCGGCCACUAUCGAAUGAACAAAUUUCCUACGCAAUGUUAGAUGCUGCAAUCAUCCCCUUACUAUUGAAGACUAUUGUCGAAGACAGCGAUGUUGUUGAACGCUACAAUGGUCAGUUCUUUAACGUCCACAAUAAUUUGCUUUCAACAAUUCGAUAUACCCUCGUCGAACCUUGUGAAGAGGGAUUUGUGUACGAGAUGUCCUUCGGAAGCAUAAAAUCAACCCUAGGAAAAGCAUUUGCAAGACAAAAUUGGCCCACGAAGAUGAAAYUAGAAGAACCAGCACCUCCCAAACUGGUAGCUUGUCAAGCCAUUGCGGACGGCARUUCUUCUUCCAUGCCAACCACUUCGAAAAAAGAAAGGGCCCAUUUGCGUAAAGUCGGCGACAAAGGUCGCAAACGACCCAAACCAAUCCCACUUAAAAGUCUCACAGGUAAUCUUGAGAAUCUUCCUAUACCGGGCAUCUUUCUCGGCUAUACAAAGGAAUCRUGCGCAUUCCGUGUUGUUGGUCAUGAAUUGUUCAAAACGAUACCUGAAGGUACAUAUAUUGGUUUCAAUCGGCGUGCGGGGGUUGUCGAAACAUCGAAUGCAUGGAUUCUGUUCUGCAAUUUCGGUGGGGAGAAGUCGUUCAGUGAAUUUGCUAACAAUGGAAGACAGCUAUCUUUCCGUGUCAACUCGACUGCACAGUCUGGCCGUUCGAGUGAGUCUUCCAUGUACAGAGAAAUGAUUUCCAACGCGCAGUCACCCAGAACACAUCCAAGCACAGACAAGAAAAAGAUAAUACUGUUUGCAAGAGAGUCGACAAGAACGAAGUACAUGUAUUGUGGAUUGUGCUCAUGCACGAAGGUGCUUCCRCUGGAUUCAGACACCGCAAGUUUGRUUUUGAAGUUAGAAGACUACGAMAAGCUCAUGAAGCCUGAUUUGAGGWUAUCUUCCGACUUCGAGCACCUCGUUGAGGGAAUUUAAGUUUAGGCAUAAGUCUUCCA